GACGUGUAUAAGCAAUAUAAAUAUACCUUUUUUUCCGCGAAACACUGGCUAAAAAUUGCGUGUUGAGCCGAACGUAAGGCUUAAAAUUAUAUACAUUUCUCUCUGUGAAUCAGAUGAAAUCAGCUGUGAACAAAACGUAACGGGAUAUUUCGUUGUCUUUGGAAAUCAAUUUGGUGACAACAUGAGGGUCUGGCCGGUUUCAACACCCAGCAAAUCCAAUCGUCCGUCUAACCUGAAAAAGGAAUACUUGACACACUAUUUUCCUAAAACAUGGAAAGAAAUCGCCAAAGACAAGUGGAACGAAUGGCCAGAGUCCCAGCAAUCUGAAAGUCGCCAUCUGCUCAGCUCUCACUCUUCUAGACUCGGACACGCUGAGAACAAGUUUUACCCCGUCGUAAAGAGCAGCAGACCCCACACAAGUUUAGGCUUUAACAGUUUCAAGGAAAAUCCAGCCUCUAUUCGGGAUUUGGAUUGUUUGGCAGAAGAGAUUGAGGACAGAACAGGUUCUAGUGAACCCAGCUAUGUGUUUGGUUUGAACGAGGUUACAGAUUACGUUCCACCACUGACAUAUGUUCCUGAGUUAAGUGCUUGGGUGACAAACGCUAACACAGAUUACGAAAUAAAGACAGCUGCCAAAGUCAGCCAAGUGAUGUAUCGCGGAAACCAGACGUCCCGCCAGCGCUCCAGGAGCAUGUCACCCACCAGGACGAGGCCGUUCCUGGGACGGGCGUACACCAUGGACCCGGACUCCAUGAUAGCCAUGCCGGGCACCUACUACAGUCAGUGGAACCCGCUGGUGACCAGUCCGCGCGAGGGCCAGAGCUACUACAACAUGUCGCCGCCAGCCGACUACUAUCAGAUGCCUAUGCCUGAGUUGACGAUGCUGCCAGAUCCUCGACCAAGACGUCGACACAGACGUCGUGCCUCGUUCAGUCAAGGUUACGUCCACGAUGGAAGCUGUUUCUCUUACACCAAACCUCUGGUUACAGGACACUUUAUAAUCCAUCCCGACUGGGUAUCAGAGAGAAUGACAAAGAAGGGACCCCCAGCAAGACAAUUCCGUCCCAUGGGUCUACGAUACUGACGACAGUUCACGUUUAGUGGACACGUAACUUUUAUGUGAUCUCAGCAAAAACACUCGCGCUCACUGCGGAUUGUUUUGUCAAGUGUGCAUGUAACUGUUUGUCCUAUCGCUUAUUUAUUGAAUUCUAGGAUAAACAAAUUAUUCAUCUUACGUCUUUGAUAAGACUUACAGAUAGACCUGGAGCUCAGGGUCAUUUAUGACUCAAAACAAUUUUAUUUGACACGUAUCCAUACUCAAAACAUUUCAUUAUAAAUUUCGAUUUUUGCACUUCUUUGAUGUCAAUGUGUGACCCUAUCCGCCACCGGCCAAUCUCAAUGACAUACAUUUUGGAGAAAAAAAACCCUGGCGAUGUCCGUUUUAAAAAGUACCCGUCAAACAUCUGGUCACUUCCAAUAAAUAAAUGACCCCCAGCUCUAAAAUGUGUACUAAGUAGGAAAACCCCCAAGACGGGUAUUUUGUCUUGUAAAACAACAUUCCAUAUAUUUAAUAUGGAUGGCUUUACAAGUGCACGUGCAGUAUUCCUAACGGCGACGCCAUACGACACGUGUAUCUCAUACAAGAACAGCCGACUGUGGCAAGACAAACAUUGCGAUUUCAUCACUUAUUCAUCAGGCUAUUCUCGUACGAGACACUCGUAUCGUGUAGCGUUACCUUAAGUGUACCAACAUAAUAUAUGCGUUACACAAGCGGCUACCACCCCCAAAAUCCCAGGCAAUAUUAUAUCUCCCAUUUAUUAUAAUUAAAUUCGUUGUAUUCAUGCGUUUAAAACACUAAGUCCUGCUUUUGGGGGCACCUUCUUUGAUCCACACCCAAUACCACACGUAUUAUGUAUAGAACAGAACAUGGAUGUGUUCACGUUUAGUAUAUUAAAGUACGAAUAACAGACUAGUUCUAUGAAUAGAACUUCGCUUUCAGUUUUGUCUGAAAAUUGUCAAAAACCCUCACAAAAAACAACAAAACGAUUGACAGAAAUUUAAAGCUGAAUUUAAGUUUUAAUUAUGAAAACAUAAUGUAUACGUUUCUGCGUAUGUGAUAAAAUUACGUAUUUGCUUUAUAAUUUUAGUGGUAAGAGGUUGGUGUUUCAACUGUUAACGUAUCAAGAACCGUAGUUUGAAUGUUUUCAUAUUUUGCUGUCAAAAGUAUUGGGUUGAAAAUAAAGAUGUCAAAAAUUACAAUCUUAAGAAAUUUCCAGUUAACAUUAAGUAUAUUUUUCCAAGAUAUUAAUUAGAUUUGGUUAGUCGGUUGUUUGAAAACACACGUUAAUGAUGAAUAACUGGGAUUGUUAGAUGUGCUCAAACCUACAAGUAUUAUGUAUUGUUUUUGUAAUAAUAAACAUUGAAAACAU